CCGCCGGGGCCAUGGCGGCGCUCAGCGUCGUCUGCCUGCUGCUGGCCAUGGCAUUCUGGCGGCCAGUCUCGGCUUCAGGAGAGGAGUUCUGGCCUGGCCAGUCGGCUGCGGACAUCCUGUCGGGGGCGGCGUCCCGCAGACGGUACCUUCUGUAUGAUGUCAACCCCCCAGAAGGCUUCAAUCUCCGCAGGGAUGUCUAUAUCCGAGUUGCAUCACUGCUGAAGACACUGCUGAAGACCGAAGAGUGGGUGCUUGUCCUGCCCCCGUGGGGCCGUCUGUAUCAUUGGCAGAGCCCCGACAUCCAUCAGGUCCGGAUUCCCUGGUCCGAGUUUUUCGAUCUUCCGAGUCUCAAUAAAAACAUCCCCGUCAUUGAGUAUGAGCAGUUCAUUGCAGAGUCUGGUGGGCCCUUCAUCGACCAGGUAUACGUCCUGCAAGGUUACGCCGAGGGCUGGAAGGAGGGCACCUGGGAGGAGAAGGUGGACGAGCGGCCCUGCAUCGAUCCUCUCCUCUACUCGCAGGACAAGCAUGAAUAUUACAGAGGCUGGUUUUGGGGCUAUGAAGAAACACGGGGCCUCAAUGUCUCCUGCCUGUCCGUCCAGGGCUCCGCUUCCAUCGUUGCGCCUGUACUUCUAAAGAACACGUCUGCCCGGUCUGUGAUGUUGGACCGAGCCGAAAACCUGCUUCACGACCACUAUGGAGGCAGAGAGUACUGGGACACCCGGCGCAGCAUGGUGUUUGCAAAGCACUUGCGGGCCGUGGGGGACGAGUUCCGGAGCCAGCACCUCAACUCCACAGAUGCCGCUGACAAGAUGACCCCGGAGGAAGACUGGACACGGAUGAAGGUCAAACUGGGCUCAGCGCUCGGCGGCCCCUACCUCGGAGUCCACCUGAGGAGAAAGGACUUCAUCUGGGGCCACAGGGAGGACGUGCCCAGCCUGGAGGGUGCCGUGAAGAAGAUCCGCAGCCUCAUGAAGGCUCACCAGCUGGACAAGGUGUUCGUGGCCACAGACGCCAUCAGGAAGGAGCAGGAAGAACUGAGGAAGCUGCUACCGGAAAUGGUGAGGUUUGAGCCCACGUGGGAGGAGCUGGAGCUGUACAAGGAUGGAGGUGUGGCCAUCAUCGACCAGUGGAUCUGCGCUCAUGCCAGGUUUUUUAUUGGCACCUCGGUUUCCACAUUUUCUUUUCGGAUUCAUGAAGAGAGAGAGAUCUUGGGGUUGGACCCCAAGACGACAUAUAACCGGUUUUGUGGAGACCAGGAGAAAGCAUGUGAGCAGCCCACACACUGGAAGAUUGCAUACUGAGGGCCACCUACCUACCACCUGCCAGUCACUCGGUCACAAGGUCCCAGAGCCUGUGUUCCUUUGUGUUCAUGGGCCAGCAUCUGCCUGUCUAGACCCUGCCACCUUCAGGACUCACAAACGUGUCUUCUGUCGACUCGAGAACCAUGUCCUCAUCAUGGAUGUCACGUGUGCUAGUCCAGAAAUGUGAGGACUAUUUACCAGCCCCGACGGGCCUUUCAGCCCUCAGGGGUGGAUGCUGGCUCCUGAGGUGUGGGUAGAACUCUGUCUACUGAGGUGGUCUCACACGUGGGCCAAGUUUUCACCUCACCCUCCACCUGUGUGCUGCCCCAGCUAAUUUCCUCCUGAAGUGGACGGGCUCAGGUACCGUUUUCACAGGAAAGUGGGAACCUCAGAACAGACCACGAGUUGCCAGCGACUCCCUCACCUCAGAUGGGUCCCCAGGCUUUUCACCCUGCUGAGUAGAAUUGUGGUGACAAAUGACCUUCAGAAGGCCCUGUCUGAGACCCAGCACUGCUUUAUGAAACCCUUCCCUAGGCCUCACGCUACACACAGGAGCGGAGUCAGCACAGCCUUGGCCAGGGCACCCCAGGUCCUUGACCUGGUGCUCAUCCGUACGCCUCUUCCCCACUCAGCUCCUGCUCAGCUGCACUGAGCAGCCCCCACUCAGCUCCUGCCCAGGCCUCCGUCCCGAGCACCGAGGUAGACCCUGAGCACAGUCAAGGUCCUGUGGUUCACUCGGCUGACCAGUAGAAUCAUGUAUUUAUUGUUUCCCAUUUGUACAUCCAAGUGUAUUAAUAAACUACU